AUGGAGAAUUCUGAUGAAGAAAACUUCGGUGUGGCCAUCUCCUCCCCUUCAGACGCCGAGUUUGAUGCAGUUGUUGGCUACCUGGAGGAUAUCAUAAUGGAUGACGGUUUCCAGCUAAUACAGAGGACUUUUAUGGAGAAGCACUACCAGGAAUUUGAUGACUCGGAAGAAAACAAGCUCGUCUAUACUUCUAUUUUUAAUGAAUACAUCUCUUUAGUAGAGAAAUACAUCGAAGAGAAGUUGAUUGACCGCAUUCCUGGUUUUAACAUGACUGCUUUCACAAUGUCCUUGCAACAGCACAAAGACGAAAUGGCAGGUGAUAUAUUCGAUAUGCUUCUCACCUUUACUGACUUCCUGGCUUUCAAAGAAAUGUUCUUGGAUUACAGAGCUGAAAAAGAAGGUCGAAGUCUGGAUUUAAGCAGUGGGUUAGUUGUAACCUCGUUAAACAAAUCAUCGAUAUCCUCCUCCUAG